AAUUCCCCUAGCAUAUUCCAAAAAGAUGUUAAAUAUCUCUAGUAUAAUAAAGUCAUUUCGCAAGCCCAAAUUAAAAGAUCCGAAAUUCUCCGCCCACUCAUCAUUCCUUAUAAAACUGCCUCCGCCACUUACCAGCUUCACUCUCCAAGCUCCGCCUCCCCUCCGCCGCCGUCCUCAGCCGCACCAACCUCAUUUUCCGAACAUAUACAUUUAGUUCCAUAUUGCUCUACUAACUUAGAAUUAUGGCUCUGCAAGUUCAAGUUUACAGGGGAACUCCCAUGGCUGCUCACCCUAACCCUAAUUCACUUCCGUGGUCCACCAAGCAGCCUAUGGUCUGCGUUUCCGGUGAUCGGGCGUCGUUUGUCGGCGGAAGCUCCAGGAGACUGUCCUUGAAAGUGAGGUCCAGCUUGGAUGCUACGGCGGAUACUUCCGCCGUUGCGGUGGUGGGCCAGGUGACGGAAGUUUGUAAGGACACCUUUUGGCCAAUUGUCAAAGCUGCUGGAGAUAAGACUGUGGUCCUCGACAUGUAUACCCAAUGGUGUGGCCCUUGCAAGAUAAUAGCUCCAAAGUUCCAGGAAUUGUCGCAAAAAUAUCUCGAUGUUGUCUUCCUCAAGCUAGAUUGCAACCAAGAAAACAAGCCGUUGGCAAAAGAGCUUGGCAUAAGAGUGGUUCCCACCUUUAAGAUCCUGAAAGAUAACAAAGUUGUGAAAGAAGUUACCGGGGCCAAAUUUGACGACUUAGUGGCUGCUAUUGAAACUGUGAGAAACAGUUAAAUAUUCUUUGUCCAUUGUAUAACCUGUUCAUAUUGGUAAUGGAGCAAAUCUACUAAAUCUGGCAGACUGAGAUCCUAUUAUUAACACUCAUGCUUAUUUCUGUAAUCCAACUUAGUAGGACAUUCUAAAUCAUGUUGUAUUGUAUUAUAGUAACUCGAAUACUUGCUCUCCUUGAUAGUGGAUAAGGAAAUUAAGAUCACUUCGUAUCAUAGUGUUUUGUCAAGAUUUACAUGUAGGGUUUUUGCUUAUGAAUGUCUGUGGUGAGAUGGAACGAAAGCGGGGGUGGAAUUAUAGUUUAUAUGAUGAAUGGUAAAUUUUAUCCUGCUGUAAGCCAUUGCCAUUGCCAUUUCCCAACAUUUUUGUGAUCAGGAAAAAAAGAAAAAUUGUUGACACCAUGAAUAACAUCUCUUUCUGCGCCUACUCUGUGAGCGCGGAAACAGAUUUCAGAAGCUUGCUAGCGGAGCCUACUCUCAUCAUGACAUUCCCUUUGUAGAUCUAGUAGAAUCCUCUAAGGAAUGUGUACUGCAUAAACUGACCUAAGUUGUGCUGUAACCCAAAUUUAGCAGACAUUCAAACAAAUCUGUUGGCAUUCAUGCUGAGGAACAUUCAUCGGGGCAAUAUGCUUCCUAGUUGUUGGCUGUAGUGCAGAUUUAUUACAUCCCUUCAGCCGAUACUGUGAAAAGCCUUCAAUGUGCCAUUGCCUGAAAAUGGUUGAGCGCGACUUCCCAUCCAACGUGCGGACAAUAUCUGGAU